AUAAAUCCAAUCAUUUUCCAGGAUUCAUAGCUAGGGUUUUAGCCUCUUCUUCUUCGUAGCAGGCGUCUUGCAGGGAGUGGCCCCGAGAGUCUACAAUGGUGAAGGGACGGCAAGGAGAGCGCAUCAGAUUGUACGUCAGAGGAACUGUCCUCGGCUACAAGAGGUCGAAGUCGAAUCAGUACCCGAACACCUCGCUUAUUCAGAUCGAAGGAGUGAACACGAAGGAGGAGGUGGGCUGGUACCUGGGCAAGCGCAUGGCUUAUAUCUACAAGGCCAAGGUGAAGAAGAACGGUUCUCAUUAUCGUUGCAUCUGGGGAAAGGUCACCAGGCCUCACGGUAAUAGUGGUGUUGUUCGAGCCAAGUUCAAGUCCAAUCUUCCUCCCAAGUCCAUGGGAGCUAGGGUUAGGGUCUUCAUGUACCCCAGCAAUAUAUGAGUUCCUCCAGCUGGUGCAGUUUGUCAUUGGUGAUAUCUCGGGAGUUUUGGAGGCAGAUUGUGACAUUUGGGAUCCCCGGCGACUGCUCUAGUUAGUGAAGUGCCUUGUUUUUCUCGAGCCAAAGUAGCCUUUUGUUUUGGCUUGAUUUUUGUUUGUUUGAGGAUCAACAGUAUAAAGAUUCAAAGAUAUUUUUACUUUAUUAUCUGGGUGUUUGCUUUAA